AUGGAUGGGCUUGAAAAAAGCUUUGAUAGUAUGAGCAUUGAUAGCAUCAAUGGAUCAUCACGACCGGGUUCAAAAAGCAUGACAUUUGCUCAGCGUCUUGAGCGUAACAGGCAAAGCUCAAGGUCUGUAGAUUCCGCAGGUUCUCAGCCCUCAGUAACCAUGGAUAGUCCUCCUCCCAAGAUUAGUUCUGGUCAAUUAUUUGAAAAUAAUACUUUUGCUACGCCUGCUUCUAAUGCUCGUUUUUCAACUUCCCAAAACAACACUAAUGGAUCUACGCUUUUUGGUAGCCAGCGUGCUACUUCUGAAGAUUCAAAAUCUUUCUUGGGUACCCCGGCAGCUGCAAGCACCCCAUUUACGACCCAGAAAGGUUCAUCUUCUGGGUUUUCAGAUAAUGCCAAAGGAGAAAAUGGCAAGCUUCGUCAGUUUAUGAAGGUUGAAGAAGACUCUUUUAUGCGGUCAAAGGCUUUGAAUGUAUCAUCGCCUACUUUUACUUUUCAAACUGCUGGCCAAGUAAAAACUGAACCAAGCAAUCUCCCAAAGUUUGCUUCAUCUUCAUCUUCAUUUGUUGGUUUUGGACAAAAUUCUGCUAACCUUUUUUCAGGAAAAAAUCCCAUGUUUAGUAAGAAUGAUGACACUGAAGAUUCCGUAUCUGAUGAUUUUUCAAAAAAGUCACUAUUUGGUACUCCUACUGAAGCUACCCGAACUCCUUUUGGGGAACAAAAGUCUACGUUUGGGUCCUCAACAAGUUCAUUCGCCCAACCAAAGUUUAAAGGCAAUUCCAACCUUUUUUCCGGAAGUACCCCUAUUUUUAGUAAGACUGAGGAUUCCAAUGAAUCUAAAUCUGAUUUCUCAGAGAAAAAGUUCAGUGUUGGGUUCUCAGAUGAUUCCCAAAACACACCUUCGCCUUUCCCAGUAUCAAAACCAAACGUUAAGGAUUUCAAGGAAUCAUGGCCCCAGUUUACUACCACCAAUCAAUCGAAUAUGUUCUCAAGUAGUAGAUUUGCAUCCGAUAACACUGAUACCCCAGUUGGUUUUAAUCCUAAUUUAGAAAAAAAGCCAUUGUUUGAAAAUACUGAUGUAACAACAGCUUUUGGAGAUGCAUCAAAGUCUUCAACAAGUCAAUUUUCUCAAUCAAAGUCUACCAAUUCCUUCAAACUUUUUUCUGGCAACAACCCUAUGUUUAGCAAGACUGAGGAUUCUAAUGAAUCUAAAUCUGAUUUCUCAGAGAAAAAGUUCAGUGUUGGGUUCUCAGAUGAUUCCCAAAACACACAUUCGCCUUUCCCAGUAUCAAAACCAAACUUUAAGGAUUUCAAGGAAUCAUGGCCCCAGUUUACUACCACCAAUCAAUCGAAUAUGUUCUCAAGUAGUAGAUUUGCAUCCGAUAACACUGAUACCCCAGUUGGUUUUAAUCCUAAUUUAGAAAAAAAGCCAUUGUUUGGAAAUAUCGAUGUAACAAAUCCUUUUCAAGCGACACCAAAGUCUUUAUUUGGGUCAUCCUCCACCCCAUUUUCUCAAUCUAAGCCAGAUAAUCAAUCUACCCCAUUUUCAGACAGAAAGCCUGCAUUUGGCCCAGCUAAGUUUUCAGAUGGUUUCAAUCCUAUUUCAAAAGACAAGCCGUUGUUUGGUGGAUCAGCUUCAGCCUCUUUUGCAGGAUCACAGCCUGUGUUUGGUUUUCAUGAUUCAGAAAAAUCCAAUACUAAUAAUAGUUUAUUUAAAUCAUCUUCUGAUUCCAGUACGCCUAAAGGAUUUAGUGAUGGCACAAGCUAUAGAACUGGUCUUUUUAAUGAAGAGUUGUCUUUCCAGUCUUUUUCUCCAUCUAUUAAAGGGGAAAGUGAUAGAAACGAUGUUAGUUAUACUGAGGUAGGCAAAGAAGAGUAUGAGUAUGAGGAAGAGGAAGAGGAGGAGGAAGAAGAGGAGGAAGAAGAGGAGGAAGAGGAAGAGGAAGAGGAAGAGGAGGAAGAGGAAGAGGAAGAAGAAGAAGAAACACCACGCCGGCGGUUAUCAUUUGGUAUGUCUUCGCCAUUUGAUUUGACUGAUGGUGAUGGUUCAUUAAAAAAGAAAUCAUCUUUGGAGUCUUUGGAAAAAGCUACUGGGUUUUUUGCUAAAAAGAAAGAGGAAUAUUCCAAUGAUUUUAUUUUUAAGAAAGAAGACCCUGAGUUGAAACCAAAAUUCCUUGCAAAUCAACCUGAGAGGUUUCAGAAGCUUCAGCCUAAUAAAGGCCUGCCCAAAUUCUUGUUGAAAUCGAAAAACGUUAGCAUGAAAUCCACGGUUACUAAAAAUGAAACAGUAAAACAAGCAGAGCCCUUGUUAAAGCAGGAAAACAAUACCUCUGCUGAAAUGUUUGCAAUAAAUCCCAAGGACUGGAAGUCGGCAGGACCCGUGGAUGUGGCUGCAUUUAAAAACAUGACAUGGACUGAUCCUGCUUUAGCACAAGAAUCUAGAGCUGAAGCUAGGCAAGUAUCUGAUGGUUUGGGAACUGCACCUACAUCAGCAGACGUGACCAAAUCUGUAAAAAGUCUAUUCGAUUCGCUGAACGUGGUGGAAGAUGACGGCAAAGGGGAGCCAGACGAAAUUGCCCUGACAGUGAAGAAUUGUAACGUGGAAGGACUUAAGGUUCCGCUCAAAGCACAUCAAGUUGACGGCGUCAAGUUUCUUUGGCGCAGAGAACGGCCUGAUGUGGAAGACAAGGGUGGAUUGCUCUGCGAUGAUAUGGGUCUGGGCAAAACAGUACAGAUGCUGUCGUUGAUUUUGACUCGACAAAUAAAUGAUGAAUUGAAAGCAAAGGAGUCAGCAGAUGACGGUUCUCUCCCACAAAUCAAAACCACCCUGGUGGUUGCUCCAUUGGCACUGUUGCAACAAUGGGCGGCAGAGGUGCGCGACAAGGCACCUUCACUGACUUGCUACGUCCAUCACGGACCCGGCCGAACAAAAAAAGCAUCAGAGCUUGCGAAUUACGAUAUUGUGGUAACGACUUAUAGCAUUGUUGCAUCAGAGUUUGCGGACGGCCAAAGAUCGGGCCCGUUGUUUAAAGUUGGGUUUUGGCGAAUUGUGCUUGACGAAGCACACAACAUCAAGAACCGGCGGACGAAAAGCGCAAUUGCAGCGUAUGCCUUGGAAGCACCCAGACGGUGGGCCAUGACGGGGACACCGCUGCAAAAUGGAGUGGACGAAGUGCAGUCGCUGCUUGCGUUUGCUCAUCUCCCGCCUUAUGACAACUACAAUGUGUGGGGGGAGCAGAUUGGAACUGUGAUGAAGUCAAGACCAGAAACAGCGCUGUUGCGCCUGCAAAUGGUGCUGCGUGGGUGCAUGUUGCGACGGAAAAAGGAGCUGGUGGAAGGGCUACGGGAUGAGCUGCCAGCACGACGAGUGCACCAGGUGGCGCUUGAUUUUUCUGAGCAGGAGCGCAAAGUAUACCGGAAAUUUGAAGAGUCGGCUAAGAAAAAGUUGCAACAGUGGGGCGAGGAAGAACAAAAUGUCGGGUACAUGCGGGCAAUGGUAUUACUGCUACGGUUGCGACAGAUUUGUUGCCACGCAUGGCUUGCCACCAAGGCUCUGGAGGAAAUAGACUUGGACGAAGAAUUGAGCAGAAUGUCUGGGGAAGAGACUUUUGAUGACUCGGAUGAUGUAUCACGGGUGCUGGAGCAGCUUACUCUUGAGGGCCGGCCACGGACAACGCAGGAAGAGGAUGAAGGCAAAGGCGGGACGUUGCGUGGGGAUUCGAGUAGCAAGAUGCUUGAGCUUUUCAGGAUUUUAGGGAGUGACAGAGAGCGCAAGACAAUUGUGUUUAGCCAGUUUACUUCGUUUCUUGAUUUGGUUGGGCCCGCGCUUCGUCGGCGCGGAAUUGCCUAUGUACGGUACGACGGUGCAAUGAGUCCGAGAGAGCGAGAGCGAGCGUUGAGCGAUUUGCGCGGAGAAAAUGGUGGGCCUGAGGUGAGUGUAUUGUUAUGUUCGCUCAAGGCCGGAGCUGUUGGGCUAAACUUGACGUGUGCUUCUCAGGUGGUUUUGCUGGACCCGUGGUGGAACCCAAUGAUUAUGGAGCAGGCCAUUGAUCGUGUGCAUCGGAUCGGGCAGCAACGGGAUGUGGACGUGUACGAGCUGGUGAUGGGCAAAAGCGUGGAAGACCGGAUUCUGGCACUGCAAGAAAAGAAACGACAGCUGGCUAAUGCUGUGGUUGAAGGAAGCAGUCGUAAAGCUGCGGCAGCUCAAAUGGCUGGCAAUAAGUUGAGUCUUGGAGAGCUUUUACAGCUUUUUGAAGCUUGA